AUGUUGCUGUCUCGUCGUGCCUGCUACAAGUGUGGCAACAUUGGUCACUAUGCUGAGGUCUGCUCCUCGUCCGAGCGUCUCUGCUACAACUGCAAGCAACCUGGACAUGAGUCCAGCAGCUGCCCGCGUCCUCGUACUACCGAGACCAAGCAGUGCUACAACUGCCAGGGACUAGGCCACGUUCAGGCCGAUUGUCCUACUUUGCGUCUCAACGGUGGAGCAAAUGGUCGCUGCUACAACUGCAACCAACCCGGCCAUCUUGCUCGCAACUGCCCCGCUCCUGCUUCUGGUGCCGGUCGUGGUGUCGGUGCUCCCCGCGGGGGAUUUAAUGGUGGAUUCCGCGGUGGAUACAGUGGUUACCCUCGUGCCGCUACUUGCUACAAGUGCGGUGGUCCCAACCACUUCGCUCGUGACUGCCAAGCUCACGCUAUGAAGUGCUAUGCUUGCGGCAAGCUUGGUCACAUCUCCCGUGACUGCACCGCUCCCAACGGUGGCCCCCUGAGCUCGGCUGGCAAGGUCUGCUACAAGUGCUCUCAGGCCGGCCACAUCUCCCGCGAUUGCCCUAACAACGAGGCUGCUAACCAGCAGCCUGCUGAGUCGGCUACUGCUCCUGCUACCGCUGCCCCCGCUCCUGCCGCUACCACUGCCGCCGCUGAGGUCAGCGCCGAAGCUGCUCCUGUUCCGGCCCCAGCUCCGACCGCCGCUGCCGCUUAA